CUCCACAAGUGAUGGAGGACACUUGAGAAUGAUUUCGGAGCUUGGACUUAACCUUCGUGGACGAAAGCUAUUGUUGCCGUGCGCGCGGAGGACUACUUUUGUGUGACUUUGAGUUUUUUUCCUGUUUUUUUUGUCUUUAAAACGCUGUCUCGUCUUCUAUGUGAGGCAGCUUACAGCAUGGGGAUACUGUUAUUGCUCGCUUUGCUCGGAGCGGCGGCUGUCAGUUUGGUGACUGCUGAGUGUCCAGUGGUGUGUGAAUGUCCGGCAGUGCCCCCCUCCUGCCCCCCUGGGAUCAGCUCGGUCCCCGACGGCUGCGGGUGCUGCAAGGUGUGUGCCGCUCAGCUCAACCAAGACUGCCAUGAAGGCAGGCCCUGCGACCACCACAAGGGACUGGAGUGUAACUACGGCAACGACGUGGGCCGCACCCACGGCAUCUGCAGGGCAAAGGCCGAGGGCCGUUCCUGUGAAUACAACGGCCGGAUUUAUCAGAACGGCGAGAAUUUCCGCGCCGGCUGCAAGCACCAGUGCACCUGCAUCGACGGGGCGGUGGGGUGCGUGCCCCUCUGCCCCAGCCACGUGCCCCUGGCGUCCCCGUCCUGUCCCGCCCCGCAGCUGGUCAAAGCGCCGGGCCAGUGCUGCCUCAGCAUAGACUGCCACAAGGGAUCCGCACAGGCCGGGUCGCCCCCCCACAGGCCGCCGCCCGUCCAGCCCGGUUACCCGCCGUACCCCUUCCUGCCCUACCCGGCCUACCCCUACCCGAAGCCUUACCCCAAACCCUACCGGAAGCUGUACCCCUACCGGCUAAAAAAGGAGAAGGGCGCCCUGGGCAACGAACUGCUGGAGGUGGGGCGCAAGUGGGACAAGCUCCGUGGAAACAAGCACCUGCUGGCCUGGAGCCAGGUGGGAGAGCAGUGCGUGGUUCAGACCACUUCCUGGUCCCAGUGUUCCCGGAGCUGUGGGAUGGGCGUUUCCUCCCGCGUUACCAACGACAAUGAUCGGUGUAAACUGAUCAAGGAGACCCGUCUGUGCAACAUCAGACCCUGCAGCUCCAUGUCUCUACCCACAAAGAAAGGGAGGAAAUGCUCCCGGACCCACAAGGCCCCAGAGCCCCACCGUUUGUCCUACGCCGGAUGCAGGAGCGCUCGCCUGUACCGGCCCAACUACUGCGGGGUUUGUCGGGACGGCCGCUGCUGCUCCCCUCGCCGCACGCGCACCGCAAACGUGAGCUUCGCCUGCCCGGACGGGGAACGCUUCAGCCGGUCCGUGAUGUUCAUCCAGUCCUGCAAGUGCAGCAACGAGUGCAAUCACCUCAACGAGGCCGCCAUGCCUCCCCAGCGAUGGCUCUACGGAGACAUUCACAAGUUCAAAGACUAGCGGUAUCAACCACCCCCAGAAACCCGCCUACAUUCCUUUACAAAAAGCAGACAGCAACUCUCCCUCAACACCAAGCAGUACCCAUCAUAGAGUAGCUGCUCUUAGAGUAUCUAACGAGUAGACGCAAUCCAAGUUCAACCGCCAAGAAAGACUUUCUGGAAGAUUAUCUGUCAAGGAACUGGGAGAUGAAAAAUUAACCGGGGGGGACAUACCUCCAACUACGACACAGCAAUGAGAGCAGCCCUAGGGUUUAGCGUAGAUCAGUUUAGUUGUUUUUGGUCAGGCUGGACUUCUAACUGUGACUAAAUCUAGAUUGAGAGCAAUCAAGCAACAUUUUUUUUGCUGCCAUCCUCCAAAUGGUCCCUGAACUCUUGGACUUCUGUUGGGAACAAUGGAGCUAUAGCAAUAACACACAAACAAGCAUUACUGUAUCUCGUCUUAUUUUCGUCAAUGGAUUCCUUCCAAGCUCAUCGAGGCUCAGAUCUGACUAGCCAAAAGAAACCCAGAUGGAGCUCUAUGUCCACGCCCUCCAACAGGUUAGAGCUGUCUCAAUCAAAUAAGGACUCGUAGACGAUUUUGCAAGGGCUUCUGAGACGUUCUCCUAAAUGGUAUUUGUUCACUGAUAUCUUUUCGUCAAAAGCGGCACCAGGAAAAAAAGAAAAAGGGGGCGGAAUGUUGGAAGCAGUGCGGCUUAACGUGGAUCCGAGCGGAACAAAAACAGCUGAGCGCUGUCAGUCAUGAGAGGGAGAGGGGGACUCUUACGGAUCGGGGGCUUGACCACGGGGUCAUGUCAGUCAGAAGACCAUGUCUAAUGGCGGAUGCCAAAGAAUUAAAAGGGGGGAAAAGAGUUUGACGGGACCGAAGGGUUUUCUCCUCACGGGUCGAUUUGAAUACGCCGGGUGGGGGGAAGGAAUAUGUCAAAGGUUGUUUACACAGCUGGACUCAUCCCCUGCCUCGCCUCCACAAGAAACCGAGACAUUUAGCAAGCACCAGAAGAACAAGCUUGGGAUUCUGGCGUCAAGAAGUCGACCAACUAAUUCUGAGCAAAUUACAAUCUCUGCGGGGCACCGAAAGAGAGAGAGAGAAAAAAAAUCAGACGGUCUUUGGUUUGCUAUAAAAAUAAAAUCGAAAAACUGCGUGUGUGCUGAGGUAAACAUGUAAUUUGUGACUUGUGGGUGGAACCGCUCUGGUGCCUAAUCCGGCCUGUAAUUGAGCGGCGCGGCACGUCGCUGAAGCAAAGAAAAAAAAACAAGAACUCGUGUCUUUUCAUGUCAAAGAGGUCUGUUUCUGAGAAACGCUGACUCCACUGUCGAGGCAGAAAGGAGCUUUUACGUUAGGACCGAAUUGGCAUAACCUUUAAGAAAUAAAAACACAGGUCCCGGGGCCUCUAGUGUUUUCCCCCUACGGCCGUGGCUUAGAUCAUGUGUUGACCGAAGAAGCCAGGCAUCUUCUUU